CAGACGCGACUCUCUUCACUGUUUCAGAAACACAACUCCUCGACCGUUUGUCAAUAAUUUAGUACGUUCCAACUCUCGAGUGUAUAUAUACAAUAUAUACGGACUGCACCUACGAACUUGAGCCCUUUCCAGCUUCAGGAUCCCCAUCAAAGGCCAAGAGGCCACGGUUGCAACGCGCCACGGGAAAAGGGGCAACCGCAUUCACUUGGUGUCAGGGUCAUGAGGUUCAAGCCAGGAUCGCUGCAGAAUGUCCCCCACCAGCCCUCGUCCCAGUAUUGAUGAGAAGAUCGCCGGAGGAGACGAAUCCUACGAUCUUGAAGCUCAAACCCGAAGCUAUGAGGGCCUCAGUUCCACAUCAGUCAUCGAUACCUCGUCACGCUCCUUUCUCGACAGACUGGAAGAGUCACCCGUGAUCCAGAAAUUCCUCGGCUACCCAGCCCCAGGCUCUCUAGAAUUAAAGUCGACAUCAUGGCUAGAUGGCGUCCGAGGAGUGGCCGCUCUGGGAGUUUAUAUCUUCCACGCAAUGGGCCUCUGGGCAUCCCUCGUCCCCGCCUGGCACGCGGAUACACACCAAAACAAUAUCUUUCAGCUUCCUCUCAUUAGAACGAUCUUCGUCUCUGGCGGGGCAGCGGUGGCAGUCUUCUUCGCUGUCUCUGGCUAUGUCCUCACCUACAAGUCUUUGAAAUGGAUGCGAACAGGCAAGAAGGACAAAAUCUACCCCGCCGUCGCCUCUUCGAUGUUCCGUCGUGGCUUCAGAUUGUAUCUCCCACCUGUGGUCCUCACAUUCUGCGAAAUGAUAGCCACCCGCUUUGGCUUCACGCCCCCGUUAAACUUCUCGUUCGUGGCGGAGCCGACUCUUUCAGCGCAGUUUGUGGACUGGCUAAAAGAUAUGCACGGCUUCAUAAAUCCCUUGUAUACCUUUCAAAAGGCGAUGCAAGGAAUCAUCGUUCAUCCGAAGUAUGACGCCGUGCUGUGGACCAUCCCCAUUGAGUUCUGGGGUUCCUUUGUGCUGUACACCCUCUUACUUCUCCUGGUACGGAUCCCAAGCAACCGCCUUCGAAUGCUGUCGGUCGCUAUAUAUGCCAUCUUCUCCCUGCAAAUGGGGAGCUGGAACAUCUUCUGCUUCUCCUCCGGCAUGUUGAUCGCGGAUUUCAACCUUGACCAAGAGGAGAGCAACACUAUUCCGUCGCUUGACCGUCCUUCGAGAUUCAGACUCAUCUGGACAACCAUCUUCGCAGUCGCGUUCUACGCCGCAGGGUUUCCAACCUUGGUAUACGAUGAAGCGAAGCAGAAUCCUAUGCCAGGUUUCGAGGUCCUAAGAGCAAUCAUCCCGAUGAGCUUGGCUAUGGAAGACCACUCCCGCUUCAUCUGGUCACUCUCCGGCGUCGCUCUUCUCGCCUCCAUAUCUCAGCUCCCUAUCAAAGGCAUGUUCGAAACGAACUUCUGCCAAUAUCUAGGCAAGAUCUCGUUCUCAUUGUACCUGGUCCACGAGUUUUGUUUGAUUCUCUUUGGUUUGAGGUUUUCGGAAUUAUUGAUGGCAGUCACUGGAGUGGUACCGAAGAGCGGAACACUGGUCUAUUGGAUAGUUUGUGCAGUUUGGUUUUGGGCCUUUACGGCCAUUGUUUGGGCACUCGCUGCCCAGGUGGAGAAGCGGGUUGACGCGCCGAGUGUGAGGUUUGCCAGGGUGCUGGAGAGGAGGUGUUUGAAGGUGUAUAAAAAUCUGUGGUGAUUGUAUAAUAGAGUAUAGACUUGUCAAGUUCUUUGUUGAUCAGAGGUGUGUGGUUGAGUACGGAAUAUCCGCACGGCUGCCAGAGUCCAUUUGGAUAUCCGAGUGUAUCCGGAACUUGCAUGUUCCCAGGAGCUCGGAGUAUCAUUUGUUCUUAAACAAUUUUUCCCCAGCAGAAUGGGCAAGUGCUACCCGCCGAGAAUUUUGUUAAAUGUUUCAGAUUAAAAAAGGGAAUGUUGUCCCGUUGUUGAUUCGAGAAUCAUGGUCGUUAGCUUGAGAGUUCAACGCCCCGCUUCUGGCAAACUACUGUCAUUUUCCAAGUAGACACCCUCUUUAGAGCUUUCAAAAUAGACACGGCUCCCAAAUCUCUUUGUACGC